GUAGAAUCAAUAUGCUAGCGACGUGCCUAUUCGCUGCCUACUCAAUGCUUCGAGGGCUGACAUGCAAAGGCUGGCCAUGCUGGCGGGCCCGUUUUGCUCUGCUCAUUCGCCUGAAGCGUCUCUUUCGCGAGCAAUGCCAUGGUUGCACGAGGCCGUCGAGGCCAAGUCCCGUAAUCCAUAAGUGCUGAUGCCCCCCGCCACCGCACGCUGCCCGUUCUGCGUCGACUACCAUCAAAUCGUGUACCCCAAAGCUGACGGGUCACUCCAUCGAUAAAGACAAGGACUUCCACUUCCGACUGUCUUUGUUUCCCGCAUCGCACCGCCAGAAUGUUUCGUUUUACCGAGCUCGUUUUUAUCGCCGCUACCUGGUCGCUCGCUACUGCACAUACCGUUAUCGUCUACCCAGGAUGGAGAGGAAACAACAUCCACACCAAUGGAACCAAAUCUGACACAGACCCAUCGAUUCCUGAUGGCUCGAUUGGUAUCAACUACCACGAAGAUACCGGCACAUAUGGAUUUCCAUACGGCAUGCAAUGGAUGUACCCAUGUGGUGGCAUGCCAAUGUCGCAAAAUCGUACAAAGUGGCCGGUCAACGGUGGCGCCGUCGCGAUCCAACCCGGAUGGUUCCCAGGCCACUCGCUCGCCAUGUUCUACGUCAACAUGGGUUACGGCAACGAACCGCUAAACUACUCGCACACCAUGGUGCCAGUCUUCCAGAUCCAAGGACCUACAAACCAGCAAUAUCCCGGCUCCUUCUGUCUACCGCAAGUCCCGUUACCUGCCAACUACACACCCCAGGUUGGAGACAACGCGACAAUCCAGAUUAUUGAGCUUGCGCAACACGGUGCUGCUCUUUACAACUGCGCCGAUAUUACUUUUGCCGAACCAGAGGAUGUUCCCGAAGUCAACAGCUCAAACUGCGUCAACACAACAAAUGUCAACGAUCACAUUGGCUUCCAAAUCGUAUACUCGACAACAUCAUCGCCAGCGCCACAUAACAUGGUCGUCAACACCUAUGCGUCAAUCAUAGUGCCGGCGAUGCUGGCAGCAGCGUCUUGGGUUACGUGGGUCGUUUAAGGCAUGAACCUGACAUUUGCUCGCGAAUAUAGUCUUUUAUGGGCAAGGAGUUUGGCGCGAAAGAUAUCCGGUCUCUUUUGAAGCGACAGUCUCCAUUUGGAGCGUACGCAGUGAUUUGAUCUGGGUGGUUGGUGGACCAGCUGUUCAGCAGCUAUGACGGUCUUUCUUUGGAGCACACAAUAUAUUGUUGUGCAGUAUGAUGUACAGAAGCUACACAUCCAAUACCAUUAGUAAUCCCAACACUUGCAGUUUCA